UGUAACUUCCCCCCACUCUCACUGUUUGUGGAGGCUGUGGUGACAAUAUGAAGCUAGUGUGUCCACAGCCUGAGGUUCGUUGAAGGUCACUUGUCUCCCUCCAGUAAGGGUAACAGAAAAACCAGUACACUUGAACUCAGCCAACCUUUCUCUCUCUCUCCAGUUGGUCUACAAGUCAAGCUGUACUGUGUGGAGGUUUGUUUGUGCAUGCGAAAGAGAAUGGGAAGUAUAAAAACGGGCCUUUGAAAAUACUAAGGUCCUGAUCACUACAUCUUCUAAACAAGACAGAUGUGUGUGGGGCAGGAGUUAAGCAAGUGAAAAGUCUGAAAAAUUCGUUGUUGGGGAACUUUUUCUUCACAAACAGCUGUCUGGGUGACAAAUGACUCUGAGUAACAACAACAACGCCGUGUUACUCAUCGAGCCCAGAUGUUCCUGUUUGCAUUUCCGUUACCGUGGAAACUAGGCAUUCGUUUGGCUCAGAAUUUCUGUUGUGUUUGAAUGACUGAGAGGGAGGCACAGCUGGCAAAUUUCUCACAUUGCUCAUACUUUCCUUGUAGUAGAUAUACGAUAGACCUGUACUCUCUGAAUUUUAAGCAUUUUUUUUGUUUUUUACUUCUCAUGGGAUUUUACAGUGCUACUGGUUUUGAUUUGAAUUUCGACAUCUUUUUUUACACUUGUGUGUUUCUGUGACAAAGAGAUCAAUUUCACAGGACCUACUCAAAUGUGAAUAACAGGAUACUGACCUACCAUACCAGGUUUUCAAGUGGAAAAGAAGUCAAAGUACUUGACCUGACUGAGAAGGCGUGUGAUAAUUGUGCAUUUGGUAAGUCCUGUAAGCAGUGUGAUUUCAGUGUGUCUGCUGUCUGACCUGCUUCAGUGUGGCUGGAUAUGGAAAUUUCUUGCCUGGAGAAGAAUUCAGCUGAAAGGUACCAAGUGGAGGAGAUCACAGGGUGGUGAAAAACGCCCAGUUCAGAAGAAUGACCGAGGAGCUCUUCACUGUGAAGGCAGAAAUGGACAGUCUGGGAACGUUGGAUACUUCUCCCGUUGUUAUAGCAACCAAUCAAGCCAAUAAACCAAAACCAAAGAAAAGUUGGUUGGGGAUAGGCGUACAUAGAGGCAAAAAGGAGAUUUUGAAGGUGAAAGGUCACCCAGAUAUGGAAAUCAACGGUAAUUAUCAAGAACAUCGUGAUGGAAUUGAUCCAGAUUCUGGAGGAAAUCCUCCGACUACAGAUUAUUCAAAUCUCAAUGGUCAAGUUAUCCAUGAAGGAGAUGCUGUUGAUGCAUUGGAUGGGAAAUGUCCGCCAUCAGAGAUGAAGCUCAAUUCUCAGAACAAAAUUAUUGACAUGAAACUGGCUCGAAAGACACGCUCCGUCGUUGUUGAUGGGCUCAGAAAGUGCUGGAAAUUUGAAAGUACAGACACUGACGAAAUGCCGUGUACGUGCAAAUCUUUCAAUGCACAGUCAGGGAAGAAAUCACGACACAAAUCAGGCGGACCUGAACAGCAUGACUUGUGUGUCAGUUGUAGAAGUCGGCGAGCUUUGAACGCUCAUCAGUUUGAACGUAGUCUUUCUUUAUCUGCUGUUGAACACACAAAUAGUAAGGAGUUGACCUUAGAAAGUUUGGCUUUGGAUAGUGAGGAAUCGGCUGAAACUGAAACAAAAGGCUCAGGCGAUUCAUGUGUCAGCCGAACGAAAGUGCCUGAAGGCGCGGCCCAUCAGAAAAACUGUUGUGAAGAUGCAUCGAAUAAUGAACCAUGUGACUGUUCAUCCGAUUUGGACAUUCCAAAGUUAUCAUCUCCCUUUACACCCUCUAGUCCGAAAGUGGUUGUGUUUAAUCUCGACUCUCGAAUCCCACCUGUCAUUGAUGAAGCUGAAGACACACCUGUCUCCACGAAAAACAGCACAAAUUAUCCAUACAAGGAUGGACAGACGUUCAAGCUUGACCUGAGUGACAGCAUAAAUAAACCAAUCAUUGCCAAGGUGAAACACAAAACUCCGCCCACUCCACGCCAGUCCUGGUUGCUACGACUAUUUGAGUCAAAACUUUUUGACAUGUCCAUUGCCAUAUCAUACUUGUUCAACUCCAAAGAGCCAGGUGUGCAAACAUACAUAGGUAACCGGAUGUUCAGUUUCAGUGAAGCAGAGGUGGAGUUUUACCUUCCUCAGAUUCUCAACAUGUACAUCCACAUGCAUGACGUAGCAGAGGCCAUACACAGAUAUCUAGUCCACAGGUGUCGUUCCAGUGUGGAGUUUUCUAUCACGGCUGCCUGGUUACUCGGUGCUUACUCAGCCAGCGUCCUUAAACCUUCGUGGAAAAACUCCCAGGGCGUUAAAUUAAAAAACAUGAUUCUCAAUGAGGAAUUAAGGCCGUCUAAAACUCACCUGAACAGAAGUAACUAUUCCGAAGCCUCCAGCCCCACCCAGGCACACACACCACCCAUCCCAGACACACCUUCAUUUUCCAAUCUCACCUCCAAGAAAACCCACCACCGAUCCCGCUCUGAUGCCUCAGCUGUAUACCUGAAGAGAAGCACAACAACAUCCAGUCUUCAGUCAGCUGGGGGAUCAUCACUGGUCGGGGAUUUGGCAUCAGGGCGUGCGUUUGAGAAUGGUUGUACGUGUCAUGACAGCUCAACGGCAAUUAUGAACAACCUGACAGGGAAAUUGACGGACUGUCACUGCGAGGCUGCCAGACUACAGCCAGAGCUGGAAUUUGUCAAGGCUCUCAUGAACAUUGGUAAAAAAUUGCAGCAUCUUCCCACCAAAGAGCUACGCACCUCUCGGUUGAUAGCAGAGCUGGCCAUGUUAAACCUCAACUUGCCAGCAAGGGUGUGGUUGCCCACAGUGAGGAGUAACCAUCAUGUUGUCAGGAUCCCUCAUACACAGGCUGUCGUCCUCAACUCAAAGGAGAAGGCCCCGUUUCUGAUCUACGUGGAGGUGCUGGAGUGUGAGGACACCCUGAACAGUCACAUCCCAGCCAAGAUCCUUGAGAAUACCCUGAGGCUGACACGCUCAGAGGAGGACCUCACCCACUACUGUCUGCCCCAGACCAAUGGAUGUCCCCGCCCAGAAUUCAGCGUCUACGGCAAUAAUGGAGAGUUUGAUGACGCAGACUGUUGGUCCCAAGACGACGAUGAAAUCAUACAGUUUGCGGCUCGCUCCAAGUCCAGUGACACCAUAUCCCAGUUCUCCACGGAGAGCUCUGCCAGUGCUGACAGCAAAGAGCCUGUGUACAUUGCAGCGGGCGAUAUCAGGCGGAGGCUGUCCGAGAACUUCUCAGCACCAAAGAAGAAGUUUGAUCGUGACCCAGAAGACCCAUCUGCGGCUGCCCUCAAGGAGCCCUGGGAAGACCGCGAACAGCGUAUCCGUGAGGCAUCUCCGUAUGGGCACCUGCCCAACUGGAGGCUUCAGUCUGUCAUCAUUAAGUGUGGGGACGACCUCAGACAGGAGUUGCUCAUGUACCAGGUGCUACAACAGCUGGAGUCCAUCUGGAGGUUAGAACGAGUGCCUCUGUGGAUCAAGCCCUACAACAUUGUUGUCACCUCCAACGACAGCGGCAUGAUCGAGCCGGUCGUCAGUGCCGUCUCCCUCCAUCAGAUCAAGAAACACAGCAAGGGAACGCUCCUCAGCUAUUUUAUCAAUGAGUAUGGUCCUCCAAACAGUGAAGAGUUCCUCACUGCUCAGAGAAACUUUGUCCAGAGUUGUGCAGCGUAUUGUUUGGUCUGCUAUCUCAUGCAAGUCAAAGAUAGACAUAAUGGGAACAUUUUGCUGGACUCUGAAGGCCAUCUCAUUCAUAUUGAUUUUGGCUUUAUUCUGUCAAAUUCUCCCGGUAAAAAUUUGGGAUUUGAGAAUUCUCCGUUCAAGCUAACCCAUGAGUUCGUAGAGGUGAUGGGAGGUCUAGGCAGUGACAUGUGUGAAUACUUCAAGAUCCUGAUGCUGCAGGGAUUUGUGGCCUCCAGAAAACACAUGGACAAAAUCCUCAUGUUGGUGGAGAUCAUGCAGACGGGCUCUCAGCUGCCAUGUUUUAGUAAGGGUGUCAGCACAGUGCGGGGAUUAAAGGACAGAUUUCACAUGAGUCAGACAGAGGAACAACUCCAGCUGUUGGUGGAUAAUCUAGUCGAGUCCAGCCUUCAUUCUCUCACAACAAAACUGUAUGACGGCUUCCAGUACCUCACCAACGGUAUUCUCUAAAAAGCCAGAAGAUAGGACACUGUAAAAAUCUGCAUCUACUGUCUGCACACUCAUUGGUGGAUCAGGGUAGUCUUGUCUUUGAUUGGUCAAAUAAGAAAGAAGACUCCCUUGCUUCUGACAUGCAGUUGUAAAAGUGAUGCUGGGUUUCAGAAGAACCAGAAAGUACUUGAAAAUGCAGUGAAGCUUUGUUGCUGAUUUGAGGAAGUUGGAGUCUGUUAAGCCUGGUUACAAAGCUAACAGUGCAGAUGUUACUAUGACUGUACAGGUGCAAAAUAAUUAUCAUCUUCUGUGUGAAUGUGUAUACGCUGUAAAUAAUGUACAAAUUGAGAAACACCAUUUGCAUGAAUGAAUGUACUCUGAGAAUAAUGUACAGAUUGAGAACGGCAUUUUCGGGAAUGAAUGUACACAGAGAAUAAUGUCAGGUUGAGAACGGCAUUUUCGGGAAUGAAUGUACACAGAGAAUAGUGUCAGAUUGAGAACGGCAUUUUCGGGAAUGAAUGUACACAGAAUAAUGUCAGGUUGAGAACGGCAUUUUCGGGAAUGAAUGUACACAGAGAAUAAUGUACAGAUUGAGAACGGCAUUUUCAGGAAUGAAUGUACACAGAAUAAUGUCAGGUUGAGAACGGCAUUUUCGGGAAUGAAUGUACACAGAGAAUAGUGUCAGAUUGAGAACGGCAUUUUCGGGAAUGAAUGUACACAGAGAAUAAUGUCAGAUUGAGAACAGCAUUUGCAUAAAUGAAUGCUUGCUAUGAAUGUGAAUUGCCAGUCUCACCUGAGAUUGAGACACCGAUAUAAGCAAUUAAGCAGUCGACAAGGUAAUUAUUUCAAGUCCUCUAUUUUUCAUUGACGUAAAUAAGAAUGUUUUGUUUGUCUUUUAUAUUCUUUCAAGAUGUCUUUAGUACAUGUUCAUCUCAGCGAGAUUUGUGGAGGGGAAUUUGCAGUUCAUGGUGGUAGAGAAGCGUUGCUUUCUAUGCAAAUCAACCGUUGACUUCCAGUAAAGCUAGCUGGUAUAUCAAAGAUACUUCAGUUCCAGUUCAUUAUUUGGGCAUUUUUAUCUCUCUCCUUUUUUUUUUCUCUAAUUUUUUUUCUAUAAAACUUAAGAAAUCUUUCAAUGGUAUGUAAACUUCAGAAGUAUUUUCUGAAAUAAUACAAUGCAGACUUUUAUAGUACAAGUGUCUUUCUUGUGUACAGUGUGAAGUUGUAUAUUGUUUUUGCCAUCAUAUGAUCAGUAAUACUCAUCACUUAUCUAAUCACUUGGCAAAAGUAUGUAUAAAUAAUCAGUGCAUGUGUGUUCCUGAAUGUGUACUGUGGAAACGGGGAGAUAACUCUUGUUGACACAUUAAUAUCAUCAUUACUUGUGUACCGAGGACAUGACAUCCAUUUCAGAUUUUCAGCCAUGAUUUCGAAACACAAGUUUCAUCGAGUGAAAAUCUGCCUUGUUUGUUCUGUCUGAAGUCAUUUCUAUGAAAAUUGCGCCACAAUCAUACCUGUUGCUUAUGAGACCGGUGCAUGUUGUGAUUUUUAGAUUUUUUUUUUUUUUUGUUCAAACGAAUGGAGAGUCUCAUUAUGUAGUGGACAAAACGAACCAAUGCAAUGGAUGCAGUAAAUGCAACAUAUCUAUUUUAGUCAGUUGAGUCAAACGAAUUACAUAUAUUUAUGUGUGUAUUUGCCCAUACUUAUAAUGAGUCAAGUGUGACUCAAUUCCCGAGUCGUAUAUCGGACUAUGUCAAAUCUGAUGUGGAAACUGAUGACGAACUGUCAUAUUUAUUUGCUCUAAGGGAUGUGCUGGAACUUUUGAGGCGGACUUCUUCUGCGCAAAUUCCAGUGAAUAUUCCACACAAAUGAUUAUGUUGGUUUAUUUACCCUUGUGUAGUGACAGGGCUACAUUUUCUGAAAAAUCGGACUUCUCCUUCCUUGAACUUAAACAAGAAUAAUUUUGUUUUAUUCAGAUCAAAGUUCCUUAAAAAUUAAGCAGUUCAUCCUAACUUUACCUUGUUCUCCAGUAACACCACAACUUUGUUGCUUUUAUGUCUUUGGGGUGCAGGCAGCAAGAGACAAAAGGCAAUGGACACAGAAAUACAAUGUACAUGUAGGCUGGGGUAGGGUAUUAGUUUUACUAAAAGGAGAUAGUAGGAGCCUUGCAUCACUUAAUCCCAUGUACAUGAAGCCUAACUCACAGGCUCUUGAUUGUUUUGGUAGGGGUAAGAUCUACAGUAUGAAAGCAACCCUCUAUCUGAUUGUCAAUCUGGUCAAACUGCAUUUCCUUACAGGUAUAUCCAUUUGUAAAGAGACAUGUUGAGGCUUAGAGUGUACUCAGUAUACUGUUAAUUACACAUUUUAGCUUAUGCUGGCUUUAAUCUAAUCUGAAAACAGCACCUGUUUAGACAUGUCUGUGAACUGACGUCACAGUAUCAUGUCUUGAAUAAUCGAAUAAUUAGUCAGACUACAAUCUUCCCGACUGGCUACAGUUUUCACAUUAACAUUUGCACAAGUUUUAGUUGGCAAAAUUAACAUGAGUGGUACAUGUUUAUGUCGAGAAAGUUUUCUAUGCUUCUAGGGUCUAUUUUUCAAUGUUACACCCCACCUAUAAUACCUUCAUACCCUGGAUACAUGUGAAUUUACAAAAAGGGCCACUUUUAGGGGGUUUGUUCACUUCCUGUUUCAAUUUUUGCAAUACAUUUAACUGACAUGGAAAAUCUUUAUUUAAUCAGUAAAUGCCACACUUCCAUGCAUAGUUUUGUUUCAGACGUUAAACUGCACAGUUUAUUUAAUCACCCAUGUUAAUUUUAUGUUUUUUCAUUUUUUUUUUUUUGUUCGUUUAAAUAUUGCAAAUGUGAAGCAUUUGUACCAGUUAUCAUGUUAUGCCUAAUAGUGUAGGAUUUUUAAAAGCGUAGCAUUUGAUUUUUAUAUUUGUUUCAUUUGCCCUUAUUUUUUACAACUGCUCAUGUGUUAAAUGUUUGUUUUGGAUUAGCUUUGCUCUGUGUAAUGUAUUGUUAGGUGCUUUAGUUUUAGCUCUACCAAACAUUUAUGGUUUAACUUGGAAAAGAGCAGCCUGAAACCAAUUUUUAGCAGCCAAGGAACUUGUGUUGAAGGGGCGGUGGGGGGCUGCUUAUCAAUUGCAUGUACAACUACGGUACAUGUCCUAAAGUAAUUAUAUGCAGCCAUCAAUAUGUGCUCAACAAGUUAAAUAGAAAUGGAACAUUUUUUUUUUUUUAAUUCCUGGUAUCAGAAUGCCUUGUCCUACACAUAGCUGAAUAAAUGCUGUCCACCGAAAAUUUGUUUAACCAUCUAAAGAGCACAGAUGUUGUGCAACAAGGCAAUCAGACUCACUCAUAACAUGUAUGCUUGUAUUUAUCAUAUUUGUGUUUUAACUGUUGGCCGAGUGUAGCCAAGGCAACUUGAUCGUGUUUUCAGAAUGUGUGAUAUGUCAUUGUCAAUCAAUCAUUCAUCAAAUAAACUAUUUUAU